AUGAAUUUAUCAUUAAAACAAAAAAUAUGGCUGGAAAAGGCAAUGCAGGAGCAUAACCAAGAAGAAUCUACUCAGCUGAAGCAAUUAGUUAAAGAAGAUCAAACAGCUGAAAUAUCAUCUGUUCUUGUUUGCAAGAAAUGUCAUCAAGAUAUGACAGAUGAUGAUCAUAAACCAAUGUCUUUAGCUCCAUGUGGUCAUACAUUAUGCAAAAAUUGUUUAGAAAAGCUUGAGUCAAAAAGAUGCCCAUUUUGUAAUGCAAAAAUCGAAGCUACAGCAAUUAACUUCUCUUUAAAGAAGAUUAGUGAAAAUAUAGAAGAUGAAAACGUUAUUCCAGAUUUUAAACAAAAAUUGGACGAAGUUACCGAAAAAAUUGCUGCAAUAUUUGAACGACUUGACGAAAAUAAGAAGAACCAAAACGAAACUCAAGAAAAAAUUCGCAUAAAUUCUAUCGUAUUAAAUAAAUUAAAAGAAGAUUUUGAAGAAAUCAAACUCAAGCGCCAAAUUUUAGGUGACAAACUAGAAGAAGCUAGAAAAAAGGUUGAAAAAGCCACACAAGAAGAGGAAGAUUUAACAAUAAUCGUAGAAGAAAAGAAAAAAGCUGCAGAAAUCGAAAACCUCGAAAACAUUAUCAAGUCAAAUAACUAG